UUAGCUGUGCUGUCGUCAUUUGCAGAGGAAGAAGAGGAAGAGAAAUUCGCGUCUGAAAAAGUGUAAAUUGGCUUUCCAAAAGCAAGAUGAGUUUCAUGCAACCAAGUCCCGUGAAAUACGCCUGCUCAUGUGGUAUUCUGAAUCCGAUUAAUAAACUCUUCUUCUGUCGCCAUUGUCCGAAGUUGAGAUGUGGCUUCUGCGUUUGCCAUGAGAUUGAGUCACACUUCUGUUCGAACUGCCUGGAGAACAUUCCAUCGUCGGAGGCCAGGCACAAAAAGAACUGCUGUGCCAACUGCUUUGACUGUCCUUGCUGUCAGCACACGCUCUCCGCGAGGGCCACCACAGUGCCAGUUGUGCGCAAAACGGAGGAGUCGAAGGACGGGGAAAGUGCAACGGAAGCCACACCCAGUCCAAAGCCCUCGGCGAUGCCAACGACAAAGAAAAUGUAUUAUUUGUCUUGUCUGUCCUGCCGUUGGACUACCCGUGAUGUGGGCAUACCCGAUCAGGGCGUAGCGACGGGCACUUGGCCAGACAAGGAAUGCCUUUACCAGGUGCGUUUCAAUACCUUGAUGGAGUAUUAUCAAUCGCUGGUACUGCAGGAGAAGCAAGAGAAACAAGAGUUUCUGCGCCGCAAGACGCCCAAGCAGCACAAGUUUCCCAGUCUGACCGAUCGCACAGGCCUCACAGUCUCAUUAAUACGUCGCCAGAUCGGCUGGAGUGAUAAAAACAUACCGAAGACAAAGCCCAUCAACAUAGCGGCCGCUGAGGCCACUGCAGAGGUUGAGGCUUUGCCAGAGGACAUCUUCACGCAGCCCAUUAAUCUGCGUAACAUCACAACGGUGGCUCAGCGGCACAGUCAGCCCGCCGAGCAGCCCGAGGCUGUGAGUAAGCUCUAUCCACAGCGUCGUUCGCUGUGGAUCAAGCGUUCGCUGCGCUGUCGUCAGUGCGAGCACAAUCUGAUCAAGCCAGAGUAUCAUCCCACAUCCAUCAAGUAUCGCAUACAGCUCUUUGCGAGCUACCAUGUGCCGGAGGUGCUCAUGGUGCGCUGUGAGCAGCCGCUGCAGCCUGGCCAGGCAAAUGCGAUAUUCCUGAAGUUCACAAAUCCCACAAUGUACGAUAUGACUAUAAGUGUAUUGGAUGUGGCACCGCAGGACGCUCAAAUCAGUCCGGACACAUUUCAGCAGGCAUGCCGCAUCAAAGAGGAGGCGGUCACAUCAUCGCCGCUGCUCAAAACAACGGGCAUCACUUUGGCCCGUCAGAACUCGAUUAGGGAAGUGAAACGUGAUGUGCGUGAAUUGACGAAUGCAACAAUUGUACCACUUGAAGGUCCAUUUGUGCUGAACCAACGCGAUGAUUCCAAGGAAUUCGACGAGGAUGUCCAGGCACCCACCGAGGAGCCCAAGUUCAUAGUUUGGCGCAAGGCCAACAAAGUAUUAAUUCGUCUCGAGUUUACUCCUGCAGCUGAGCUGCAGUCGGGCAACACUGUCACUCUGGGCUUCUACAUGCAAUAUACGUACGUCAACACCGUGUCCAAUACGCCCGACAAGAAGGAGCCGACUACACAUGCUCUCUAUUCAAGGAUUUUCAUCGAAGCUGGCGACAUAGCUAAUGCAAUAGCCAAUUAGUCCAAAAUCUUAUCAACAUUGAAAACGACCUCUAAUCAUGCUAACCCCAUAUUAUAUUGAAAUGUAUUUAUGCAACUAAUUUAAUGGAAAAACUGUGUUAACCCAGGCACCUCCUGCAUCCACUCGUAGUAUGCUAAAUAAACGCCUAUGCUCCAAUUCAAA